UAUUGCACCGUGUGCAAUCGCCUUGCGUGCACAGGAAAUUGUCAAAUCCGGUACGCGCCGCUGAAAAAUCGAUGGCUUGGAAGCGAAACCUAGGUGCAUCUUGGAAGGAACCAUGGACCGAAACUCACUCUUACCAGACGUGCGGGACACCAACUUCCCCUGGUUUAAAACCGAACUCAAACUGUCCAACCCAUGGUUCACCAGGAAGCCGGUACUACUCUGACACAUGUCGGUCGGUAAGACGGCGGCCGAGGCAACGGCGGUCGGCGGACGACGGCGUACCGGCCAGCAGCUGAAGCCAUCGUCACGCGGCGUCGCUCGCUUCGAGCGCCUCUUGUCCGGGCUGGGCGCCGAUCCUCUCGUGGACGUCGAGCCCGACAAGGUCAAGGACGAGAUCCGGCGAUGGGCCAAGAAGGUGGCGGCGCUGGUGCGCCAGCUAAGCUUCGGCGCCUGGCCGGAGAAGAGCGACGGCUCGUCUGAGCACCAGUGUGCAAGCGAUGAUGGAUCCGCGAGCUGAGCAUCUCUAACUUACUAUAGCUUCCGCAGGCAGCUACCACAACUCCGCUGACAUGGUGGCGAAGACGCAGCAGGCGAUUACAAUGUUCAUCGAUUGCAUUCAUUCAUUCAAUCAUUCGAGGUCAAACAUGGGCGACGCAGGCUCUUGUACGUGCACUAGAUCUUUCCUCCAUUCUGUCAAACAUAAUAAAAUUUCGCUGCAAAAGACAUGGAUGUGAAUAAUAAUAAACAGCGGCCGGCAUAUUCUCCUGUAAGUUU